CCGAUACAUACAGUAACACGUACACUAUACCUACAUACAUUUACACAACACAUAACUGUUAUUACUAUCUAUUUACUAUUUAUUAUUAUCUAUAAUAUAUAUUGUCUUACACUACAAUAACUACAAUAUUAAUAUUUACACUUAACUAUAUUAAUUAAAACACACUUAUACACAAACAUACAGAUUAAUAUUAACAAUAAUCCCACAUAAAAUAUUCAGUAUUGUGCAGUGGAAAUCCACCGCUUGUAACCGGUGAAUAUUGCGCCUGCGCAGAACGAAUAUCGUUCAACGACCCGCGCCCGCGCCGGUUCAGCAGUCGUGUCUUGAUCAUUCUCCGCGAAGCCCGUGUCGCUUGUCUAUAAGAUUUACCUACUUUGCAACUGUCGUGUCGUAAUAUCUGUACCUCUAAUUACUGUGUUUUCUCCUUCUUUCUAUAUUGUAAUGGUUUAACUUCAUGUGUAUCAGUCUACUUAAUGUGUGUGUGAAUUGUUAAAGUAUAUUAAACUGUCAUAGUGUUAGAAUUGAAUUAGUUUUAUUAAAUCGCCAUCAAUACCACCAUAUCACUACUGAUAGCCACCCAACGACCAUAACUGGUGACCCCUGAAGAACACGAGUAUACCAGAUAAUACAGGUACGAUUAUGAGUGAUAGCAGUGAAUCUGUAACAGAUGUUGGUUCGCGUAAGGACGACAACGUGACAACGCGACGAACUCGACGAGUGCGCGUUUCCACUGAGCGUGAAAAUAAAGGAAUGCAGAUUAUAAAAAUUAAAGUUCCCCUGUUUUCACCCGAGGAUCCGGAAUUAUGGUUUGCACUUCUAGAAGGUCAGUUUCUAAGCCACUUUAUUACUGAUGACGUCACAAAAUUUUAUAAUGUGACAAAUAAUUUAGACGUGCAGUUUGCAAAACAUGUGAAGGAUGUAAUUAUUAACCCUCCACCUAACAAUAAGUACGACAAGAUUAAGACAGAGCUUAUUAAGCGCUUAUCCGCUUCGCACGAGAAAAAGGUUAAGCAAUUGUUGACGCACGAGGAGCUCGGUGAUAGAAAACCUUCACAAUUUCUGCGACAUUUGCAAGACUUGGCUGGCCCUUCUGUACCUGAUGACUUUCUCAAAUCCAUGUGGUCCAACCGACUCCCGCACAAUAUCCAAACAGUACUGGCGUCACAACAAACCCAAUCUCUGGAGCAGCUGGCAGACCUGGCAGACCGUAUCCAUGAGCUCACGUCACCAUGUAACGUCGCCGCUGCUUCCUCAAGCAGGGCAUAUACAUCGAACCAGUCAGAUGAGAUUGCGGAGUUAAAGAAGAUGGUUCAGCACCUGACUCUUAAGCUGGAAGAGCACACUAAGACUUCUUGCUAUUCUAUGGACCGCUCGAGACCACGUGACCGUCGCCGCUCAUCAUCGCGACACCGGAACCGGUCAGAAUCCAGCUAUCGCAAGUUCCCUGUGUGCUGGUACCAUAGCAAGUUCGGAGCACAGGCGCAUAAGUGCCUGAAACCAUGCGACUACAACAAGGCGGGAAACGCCGCCGGCAGUCGGUAGUGGCGACAAACGACUGUCCAUCUUAUAAGGGUCGCCUCUUCAUCACCGACCGCAAUAUGAAUGUCCAGUUUCUGGUGGACACCGGCAGUGAUCUUUGUGUCUACCCUCUCUCUGCGCUUCGUGAACGUCGAGCCAAAAGUAACUUCGAGCUCACCGCGGCCAACGGGUCUGUUAUAGAUACAUUUGGUUUUAUUGAGCUCAACUUAAAUCUAGACUUACGGCGCAAUUUUCCGUGGAGAUUUAUUGUAGCUAAUGUAACCAAGCCAAUUAUAGGCGUUGAUUUUCUUGGUUUUUAUAAUUUAAUAGUAGAUUGCCGACAUCAACGCUUAUUAGACAAUACUACAACCUUGUCAGCAAAAGCUUGUAUUGCUAAUAAUAAUGUGUUUUCUGUUAAAGUUCCAACAGGCGACACGCGCUUUCACGCUAUUUUGAGUAAGGAUCCGGAAAUCACACGUCCCGCAGGUACGCCUGCGUCUCCAAAGCACAAUACGGUACACCACAUUAGGACCACACCCGGCCCUCCUAUUUCAUGUACCCCUCGCAGACUGGCACCGGAUAAACUUAAAAUCGCCAAGCAGGAGUUUGAACUCAUGCUUAGCAAUGGUACAUACAGCGCGUCCCUCUGAUAGUCCCUGGUCUUCUCCCUUACACCUUGCACCCAAGAAGGAAAACGGCUGGCGACCUUGUGGUGAUUAUAGGAUGCUUAAUUCACGGACCAUACCUGACCGUUAUCCUAUUAAGCACAUCCAUGACUUCACCCACGCUAUUUCUGGAUGUACUGUCUUCUCGACAAUUGACUAAAUGAAGGCCUAUAAUCAGAUUCCCGUUUUUAAGGAGGAUAUACCGAAAACCGCGAUCACUACUCCCUUUGGCUUGUAUGAAUUUCCCUUUAUGACCUUUGGUCUAAGGAAUGCUGGUCAAACUUUCCAAAGGUUUGUUGAUGAAAUGACGAGAGGCCUCGACUUUUGCUACUGUUUCCUUGAUGAUUACUUAGUCUUUUCAAGGAGCGAAGCCGAGCACGAAGCCCACCUUCAUCAGCUUUUCAACCGCAUGAAGGAAUACGGCGUCCUCGUCAACACGUCAAAAUGCGUCUUCGGUGCACCAGAGGUAACGUUUUUAGGUUAUCGAAUAUCUGCAUCUGGCAUUAAGCCAUUAGAUUCUAAGGUUCAGGCUAUAAUAGACUUCCCCAUACCUGCGACAGUCAGACAACUCAGGCGAUUUUUAGGGAUGCUCAACUUCUAUAGAAGAUUUUUACCCAAGUCAGCUGCCAUACAAGCCCCUUUAAACGCUUUACUUACUGGCAACGUCAAAAAUUCGCAUUCUGUCGACAUUACAGGAGAAGCUCUAUUAGCUUUCAAUGAGUGCAAGCAAAGUCUGGCCAAUGCAGCAUUGCUAGCGCACCCCGACUGUCAGGCGGAUCUUGCUCUAGUAACAGAUGCUUCCGACCUGGCGAUGGGUGCAGUGUUGCAACAAUACAAAAAUGACAUAUGGGAACCUCUCGCAUUCUUUUCGAGAAAGCUGAGUCCUUCUCAACAAAAGUACUCGCCAUAUGACCGGGAGCUAUUAGCUAUAUAUGACAGCAUUAAAUACUUUCGUCAUAUGCUAGAGGCAAGGCAUUUCACAGUGUUUACUGACCAUAAGCCGCUCAGUUACGCUUUCAAUGAAAGGAAAGCUAACUGCUCACCAAGGCAAUAUCGUCACCUCGAUUACAUCUCACAGUUCAUGACCGAUAUCAGACACAUAUCAGGUAAAGACAAUGUCGUCGCUGACCCACUGUCGCGUGUCGAAGAACUACAGAUGCCAGUAGAUUUAAAUGUUUUGGCCUCAUCGCAAGAGUCAGACGUGGAAUUGACUCAACUUUUAAAAGAUUCUUCACUUCGUCUGAAAAAGUUGAAGCUUCCAAACUCUCACAUGGAGAUUUAUUGUGACAUCAGCACCACAACGCCUAGGCCCUUUGUCACUAAAGACUUGCGGAGACAAAUUUUCGAUAGUCUUCAUAGUCUCAGCCAUCCAGGCGCUAUCGCAACGGCUAAACUUGUUUCCGAGCGAUUCGUUUGGCCUGGAGUACGCAAAGACUGUCGUGAAUGGUCUCGUCAAUGUGUGCCAUGUCAACGGGCAAAGGUGCAUCGCCACGUUACUUCUCCAUUGGGCAAUUUUGAUCUUCCCUGCGCUCGAUUUGCUUUUGUGCAUGUCGACAUCAUAGGCCCUCUGCCCAUUUCACAGGGGUAUCGGUACUGCCUAACAGCGGAGAUCGGAA